AUGAAGAAGGAAACCAUAGCUGAAAUGGAACAUGAGGUCUGUUCAUCACAACCUGAGAAUUUCACGCGUCUUUUACAGGAAAACAUUUUAAUCUUUGAGGUGGAUGAAGUGUUGUCAGAGGGCGAUGACUCUGAAGAAGAAGAGGAAGAAGCAUUGAAACGGAGGUUGAAUGGUGGAGAUGGUAGUGGAGGCGAGGACGAUGAAAUUGAGCAAGAGUUGGCAAUGAAACGAGCUCGAUGGGAACGAGAGGGAAACUUUGAUGUGCCCGAGGAGACCGCCGAAACCACUGUGGAUAGCGAUCUAGCGGUUGAUGAUAGCUUCUGUGAAGACAAAUACGACAAUGCAGAGAACGGUGGAAAAGAUGAACAAGGCCAGGUAGAUGAUGAGGAAACUCGUGACGUUCCCUACGAUGAUGAAGAAGAUGAAGAGAUUGAGGACAUGGCUGCAUUGAUUGAGAGGCAAGUAUCACAUGAGGGAUGA